GAGGGUUUAAAGGGCGCCUCGGUAGGGUCCCCUCAGCUGGAGCGACCGAACGGUGCCAGGCCAGGUGUGCGCGUCCGUCGGUCCUUCCGUGCCCGCGCCGGAGACCAGCCCCGGAGGCCGCUCGGGCCCGUCCCUGAGCCCGGCACCAUGAAGCAGGAGUCUGCCGCCCCGAACACCCCGCCCCCCUCGCCGUCUCCGGCGCCGUCCCCCCGGGAGGACGGCGACCCCCAGGCUCUGUGGAUUUUCGGGUACGGCUCGCUGGUGUGGAGGCCCGACUUUGCUUACAGCGACAGCCGCGUGGGCUUCGUGCGCGGCUACAGCCGCCGUUUCUGGCAGGGAGACACCUUCCAUCGGGGCAGCGACAAGAUGCCUGGCCGUGUGGUGACCCUCCUUGAAGAUCAUGAGGGCUGCACUUGGGGUGUGGCGUACCAGGUACGAGGUGAGCAAGUGACAGAGGCCCUGAAAUACCUGAACGUGCGCGAGGCAGUGCUUGGCGGCUACGACACCAAGGAAGUCACCUUCUAUCCCCAAGACGCUCCCGACCAGCCGCUCAAGGCAUUGGCCUACGUGGCCACCCCCCAGAACCCUGGCUACCUGGGCCCUGCUCCCGAGGAGGCCAUCGCGACGCAGAUCCUGGCGUGCCGAGGCUCCUCCGGCCACAACCUCGAGUACUUGCUGCGGCUGGCGGACUUCAUGCAGCUCUGCGGGCCUCAAGCGCAGGACGAGCACCUGGAAGCCAUUGUGGACGCUGUGGGCACCAUGCUGCCCUGCUUCUGCCCCACCGAGCAGGCACUGGCACUGGUCUGAGGGCCUGAGCCCUGUGGACAUCGGGGCCAGGUCCCCACUCUAGUGCAUAAAUCGGACUCGAUACAGCUAGAACCCACUAGGAAGACACGGGGGCAGCCGGGGGCUUCUCUUCCUACACCUGCCUGGCUGCCCGCCUGGCUCUGCUGCUGGACACUGACUCACUACUUGAAGCUUUACUUAUUGCACCAUGUUGGUGCGGUGGGCAGGAUGGGGUUCCUGCCCUGGACACAAGGGUCCUGCUGAGCGGUGGCCCCACCCAGGCCCCUGGUGCCUGACCAGGUUCCCCCCAGUGCUGCUGCUAACCCCACACCCCACAGGCCUCCACCUCCCCAGGAGCUCCUGAGAACCUUGGUCCUCUGCCCACCCAUUCCCCAGCCCUGCCGAAGCUCCCAGCCCACUGGAUGAGGGGCAGCAGGGAGUGAGCGGAGGGGGCCAGACAAGGGCUGGGGCCCCGGCCAGCCCUGCUAAUCCACCAGGUGCCCAGAGCAGAGCUGGAUCUGAUGCCUGGACACAAACGUUGAGACUGGGUCUGGGGCCUCUUACCCAUUUGGUUUUAUUUCUGUCCCCUGUCUGCUUGUCUGUCUGGGCCUUUCCUGUCUGUCUGGUCUGUUCCUGGGAGACUCAUCACCCCAGGCCCCUGCACCUUCUUGUCUGUCCCAUGCAACUACUCAUAAAUAGAUCUCUCAUUAUCUGUGC